AUGGAUGACUACAACUUUUCAAUUUCAGAUAGUUGGUCAUUUGAGAAUGAUGUUCGUAGUGAGGAGAGCAUUUUUGAAAAUAGAGAAGAUAUGUUAACUUGGGCGCGGAGCGUUGGUCUAAAAUAUGGUAUUGUGGAGGUUAUUUUAAAUUCUACUAAGUUAAAAGGCAGCAAAUUGCCGAAGUGCAUUCUUGGUUGUGAAAGAGGAGGAAAGUACGAACCGCCACGGUAUCUAGUUGAAGGGCAAUCCUUACAAAGAAACACUGGGACUAGAAAAUGCGAUUGCCCAUUUCAACUGCGAGGCCACAAGUACCCGUCAAGGCUAAAACCAAUAGAGAAACAAUUUGUGGUCGACAUGGCCAACAGCACCGCGCCUCGUGAAAUUCUUACCAAACUGGACGGUCUAACUUCUAUUCAGUAUGUCAUACGUCAAUUACUUGAGAAAGAUUACCUCCAUCAAUUUAUUACAAAUCCAGAUACCAACGAAAUCACAGAUAUUAUUUGGGUUCAUCGUAUGAGUCUAGAGCUAUCUGUCAACUUUCCGUCCGUACUGAUCAUUGACGCCACGUACAAAACGAAUGAGUAUCGAAAACCACUAUUGGAGGUUGUGGAUAUCACAUCCACAUGGGCGAACUUACUCGCUUAUGUUCGCUUAUCUUAG